AUGCCUUCGACGGCUGACAAGCGCGAGAAGGCUCGUGAAGUUGUUGAUAUUCUCGAGGAGAUCUCCAUCCUCCUGAAUACACAGCUGGAUCGCACGCAAUUAUCGUUAUGUGUUUCUCUGAUCGAGAAUGGUGUCAACCCUGAGGCAUUGGCGGUGAGUCAAGGCUUUCAAUUACCCGUGUUCGCGAAGCAAAGCACUAACUGA